CAGCAGCAGCGACAUACACGGCAGAGCAAUAGAAACAAUGGUUUGAUGCUCAUAUAAAACCUCGAUGACCCUUUACACUGUGAAGAUGCUACUUAAGUGUCAGUGUAAAUACAUGAGAGAAGACUACUCAUUUCCAUCUACUACUGCUGCCUUAGCCGUGUGAAGCCUGAGGUGUAGCCAUGGGCUGUGGGGGGAGCAGGACGGACGCCCUGGAGCCCCGGUACCUGGAGAGUUGGACCAAGGAGACGGAGUCAACAUGGCUGACUGGCACUGACACGGACAUCCCCCUGUCCUCCAUUCAGAGCAUCCCCUCUGAGAACUCUGAGGCGGGCUUCUCUUCGGAGAAAACCAUCAGUCCAGUUCCAGAUUUUUUUGAAGACGGCCUCCCUCCUCCAGCUCAGGCGUACCUAAAGGUUUGCUCCGCUGUGUCUGAAGCCAGUUUGAAUGAUGUGAAGCCCAGCAGUCCUUCUACCAUUCUGUCCUCUCCACAGCAGGAGGUAUCGCCCCCUUCAUCAGGCACCACAGUGCAGCGCAGGAGUGUUCUGCACACUGAAGAGAUUACAAAAUGGCAAGACAAUCGAAUGUCCACAAAGCAAGUAACUAUCACAGUGACCCAGAGUAUUCAUCAAGUGGAUAAAAAUGGAAAGGUGAAAAAGUCUACAACCACAUAUGAGGUCAUGAAGCCGGUGGAGUCCAUCAAACAGGUGCCUACACAGAACUCUUGAACAAGGCUGGAGCCAGUUGAAGCCACUGGAUGAACUGGGAAUGUAUUUGUGACCGGCAAUGUGACAAGCACAAACUUUGUAAGAUUUGACUUGUCAAAGUAGAAAACCACUCCUAAUGUUUCACAAAACG